GUCGGCCGCCACCAACAAGCUUAAUUGUCAGCCCGUCAGCCCCGUCAGCCCGUCAUCUCGAGGCCUUUAAAGUCUUUAAUGCUGGAAUCUGAGGCUGUCUCUCCACUGUCGAGUCUACAAACUACUAAUAUAACUAGUUCUGCUCUUCUCUACCACCAUGUCUUAUGAUGCCUUGCCUCAGACUCCCAAGAUGUAUCCUCCAUCAGCCCAGGACGUCACCCCUGGUUUCACGAUAAGAAAGCAGAUAGAAGAGGAGAAACUCUCACGGACGAAUUAUGCCCUGAAAUCCAGAAUUCGAAUUCUCCGCUUCAUAGCUCGUGUCACAGCAACCGCUCUCGCCAUCCCCACCCUCAUCUUAGAAACACUCACCACCGUCAAUUUCUACUCCACCCGCAACACAAUCCGCGAUGGGCGAGGUCCCUGGGCGAAACAAACCUCUCUUUGGCCCUCAAUCAUGCUUCUCGCUGCAUCAGGUGUCACUGUGUUGCUUGGUUUCAUGAUCCUGGCUGCGUACCUUUGGGGCUCGAUUCGUCAUGCCAAUAAAGUCAACACGUUGCAAACGAGCGUCACUGUAGUGGUAGAGCUUGCUCAUCUUGGACUGUGGAUCGCGGUAAGUGUGUUGUAUAGAGAGGGGAAGACGGGAAAGGAUCUCUGGGGGUGGGCUUGUAGUGGGACGGCGGAUAGUAUACAGAAGAAUUUUAAUGGUGUGGUGGAUUUUGGGCAGGUGUGUAAUAGAGGGACUGCCAAUUGGAUUCUUAGUAUUGCGAAUGCGGGGUUCACGAUCUUUAACCUUUGCAUUUUCUAUUUUGUGUUGAAGAGGAGGAGUUAUAAGAAAGUACAGGAGCAGUUGGCGGAGAGAAGGCUGCUAGGAACAGACUUUUGAGAUGAG